CCACACGGCGCCCACAUGUACGCCCAGGACAAUCGCGAGCAGCAGCAGCGCACCGCGUCCACGCUCCACCUCCACCCAUCCACUCGUGCGCCGCAGCGGCCAGCGAGCGAUGAGCCGUUCCUCCACAAAAACCAUCUCUGCCACAGCGCACGCUCCCGACCCGGCGAGUCCCACCCAAGCCGAGCGGCCAUGGCGCGGCACCUCGCGCCUUCGUCUGGAAGCCUCCACCGCCUCCUCGCUUCUCGCAACUACCCGCCCACUUCCCAGGCGCCGCCUCCCCGCCCGCUCCUCCUCCCGAAGACCCGAUCGGCGGCUAUGCAGCUCCCGCGACGCGGGCGGCGCGACGUCGUCGCCGCUGCAGCUGCCUCCGCACCGUCGCCCUCUUCUCCGGGGACCGAGGUGGCGGAGGGAGCGGCCUGGGGGAAGGUCUCCGCCGUGCUCUUCGAUAUGGACGGCGUGCUCUGCGACAGCGAGGAGCCCUCGCGACAGGCCGGCGUCGAUGUCUUCGCCGAGAUGGGCGUCGAGGUCACCGUGGAUGACUUCGUCCCCUUCAUGGGCACUGGUGAGGCCAAUUUCCUUGGAGGUGUCGCAAGAGCUAAAGGAGUAAAAGGUUUCAAUCCUGAAAGUGCCAAGAAGAGGUUUUUUGAGAUAUAUCUUGACAAGUACGCAAAGCCAAAUUCUGGCAUCGGAUUCCCUGGGGCUCUGGAGCUCAUCAUGGAGUGCAAAAAUUCUGGUCUUAAGGUUGCUGUUGCAUCCAGUGCCGACAGGAUUAAGGUGGAUGCCAAUCUGGCUGCUGCUGGUUUGCCUGUGUCUCUGCGUGGCACAAUGGUGAGAAGCCUUCCCACUGAGCCAAAGGUCCUGAGUUCGACGCAGCCUCUCUGCAAAAUGCAGGGAUUUGAUGCUAUUGUUUCUGCUGACGCGUUUGAAAAUUUGAAGCCCGCUCCGGACAUAUUUCUGGCAGCAUCAAAGAACUUAGGUGUUGACACAAACAAGUGCAUUGUGAUAGAAGAUGCACUUGCUGGUGUUCAAGCUGCAAAAGCUGCGGAAAUGAGAUGUAUCGCUGUGACGACUACUCUAGAGGAAGUUGCGUUACAACAAGGCAGUCCCUCACUCAUACGAAAGAAUAUUGGAGACAUUUCAAUUAACGACAUUUUGUAUGGUGGUUCUAAUGCUCGCCACAAUGAAGGGGCAGAAAAUACUGAGAAUAGUAGUUCGGUACGAAAUGCUUUGCCUGAGAGUCUGAACGGAACAACUGGUGCUGGACUUUCUGACACAAAAGGUUCUCCAACCUCAAAAAAUGAAGGGCUGUUGGGUUCUCGACGCGAAAUAUUGAGAUAUGGGAGUCUGGGAAUAGCCCUUUCCUGUUUUUUUGUUGCAGUCAGAAAUUGGAAGGCAAUGCAGUUUGCAUCUCCCAAAGGGCUGCUGAAUUUCUUCAUGGGUGGAAAUAGUUCAGUUUUUGCCAGAAAUGAAGGAGAAUCUUUGUCAUCAAGAGUUCAACAAAUAAAGAAAUAUCUAGCUGAGUUUGAAUCUGGGGGUUCUGCCACAUAUGUUCCUGAGUUUCCAAGAAAGCUUGACUGGUUGAAUACAGCUCCACUUCAGUUUGGACGAGAUUUAAAAGGAAGGGUGGUGCUGCUGGAUUUUUGGACCUAUUGCUGCAUUAACUGCAUGCAUGUCUUGCCAGACCUUGAGUUUGUAGAGAAGAAGUAUAAAGAAAAGCCUUUCACUGUUGUUGGUGUGCACUCUGCCAAAUUUGAUAACGAAAAGGACCUUGAAGCUAUCCGUAAUGCUGUUCUGCGCUACAACGUUACCCACCCGGUUGUAAAUGACGGUGACAUGUACUUGUGGAGAGAACUGGGUGUGAACUCUUGGCCUACAUUUGUUCUUAUUGGACCCAACGGAAAGGUUCUAGCACAGAUAUCAGGUGAAGGUCAUAGAAAGGAUCUGGAUGAAGUAAUUGGUGCAGCACUUGAAUUUUAUGAAGAGAAGGAACUGUUACGAAAUGACCCCCUUCCCUUGGCAUUGGAAAAGGACAAGGAUAGUCGUUUACUAACUUCGCCUCUCAAAUUUCCUGGGAAACUUGCUGUUGAUGUGCAGAACAAUCGAUUAUUCAUAUCAGACAGCAAUCAUAAUCGAAUUGUGGUGACCAACUUGGAAGGGCAGUUCAUAUGUCAAGUUGGGAGUUCUGAGGAAGGAUUGCUUGAUGGCCCAUUUGAUGCUGCCCUAUUUAACCGCCCUCAGGGUCUUGCUUACAAUUCCAAAAGGAAUAUCUUAUAUGUUGCAGACACUGAGAACCACGCGCUGCGAGAAAUUAAUUUUGUGGACGAGACUGUGAGAACACUAGCUGGAAAUGGGACGAAAGGAUCUGAUUACAAAGGAGGAGGUCAAGGAACAAACCAGGUCCUAAAUUCACCAUGGGAUGUAUGCUACGAUCCCACAGAGGAGACCGUGUAUAUUGCAAUGGCUGGGCAACACCAGAUCUGGAAGCACAUUGUACGUGAUGGAGUAACCAAAGUUAUUAGCGGUGAUGGCUAUGAGAGGAAUCUGAAUGGCUCAAGCGCCACCAGCACAUCGUUUGCACAGCCUUCUGGGAUUUCAUUAGCUUCUGAAAUGCAGGAGUUAUUUGUUGUUGAUAGUGAAAGCAGUUCCAUUCGAGUUGUUAAUUUGAAGACAGGAGGCUCAAGAUUGCUGGCUGGAGGAGAUCCAGUAUUUCCAGAAAAUUUGUUUAGGUUUGGAGAUUAUGAUGGGACUGGCUCAGAUGUGCUACUCCAGCAUCCCUUGGGUGUUGCUUAUGCCAGUGACAAUCAAGUAUAUAUAGCUGAUUCCUACAAUCAUAAGAUAAAAAAGCUAGAUCCUGUCACAAGAAAAGUUACAACUAUUGCUGGAACUGGGCGUGCAGGAUACAAGGAUGGUCCAGGCUUGGCAGCUCAACUUUCUGAGCCAGCAGGACUUGUUGAAGUUGGUGAUGGAAGGCUUCUUGUAGCAGAUACAAACAACAACACAAUCAGAUAUAUAACUCUUAGUGACAAAGGUGCUGAGGUGAAGACACUAGAGUUGAUCGGAGUGCAACCGCCAUCACCAAAACCAAAGGCAUUGAAACGCCUAAGACGGCGGUUAUCAGCAGAUACAGAUGUUAUUAUUGUCGAUGGUGGUUCUUCAAAGGAAGGAUUCUUGUCUCUUGCAAUCACAGUACCUGAUGGUUACCAUUUCUCUAAGGAAGCUCGCAGUAAAUUUGAUGUGGAAACAGAGCCGCCUAAUGAAGUUGAGAUCGAGCCAGCGAGCGGAUUUCUAAACUCUGAAGGACAGGCAUCACUGAAGUUCAGAAGGAUAUCGUCAUCCUUCUCAAUGGGAAGGAUAAACUGCAAGGUUUACUACUGUAAAGAAGAUGAAGUUUGUCUUUACCAAUCGGUUGCUUUUGAUGUCAAAUUCCGUGAAGAGGCCGAACCCAGUCCAGCACAAAUUAUGCUAUCCUAUUCUGUUUCGCCAAGAGAUAAUUCAGGUAGUACACAGCUAAUAGCUGCUAGAAAGAAUGCCAAGGUGUAGUCAGACUCACGGUGAUUGUUCUACUUGCAUCAUUGUAUUGAUUGUCAAUUUGGCCCUAGGCCCACAGGGGUAAGUGUUUUUUUUAUUCUUGAAGUGCAAGAUUAACUUCCCCUGUAUGAUGUAUAGCUGACAUGCUGCUUGUAACCCAGCUCCAUUGUCUCCCCUAACUGCACAGCAGUAUCAAUGGAGUAGUUUAUUAUCAGUUCAUUGAUUGCUUGGAACA